AUGAUCCGAUUGUUGGCUUUAUUCUUUGCGAGACAGAUACUUGCCAAUGAAAUAACUGAUCCCACAGAUGAGAAUCCGGUGCUCGUCGGGCCCGAAGCUCCUGAAGAGGAAACCAAUCCGCUGACUGAAGAGAUCUUCUCGUCUUGGGCUUUGUUCAUUGUCUUGUUGCUCGUCGUCUCCGCUCUAUGGUCGUCUUACUAUUUGCAGCAAAGGAGGGUCAAGUCAAUUCACGAAACAGUAUUAUCGAUCUUCUAUGGAAUGUUUGUGGGGUUGAUACUGAGGGUCACUCCUGGCCACUACAUUCAAGACGCGGUUAAGUUCAAUUCAGGUUAUUUCUUUAAUUUCUUGCUGCCUCCUAUCAUCUUGAAUAGUGGUUAUGAGUUGCAUCAGGCUAAUUUUUUUCGAAACAUCGGCUCAAUUCUGACUUUUGCUAUUCCAGGUACGUUUAUCAGUGCGAUUGUGCUGGGUGUCAUCUUGUUUAUUUGGACCAAGUUGGGUCUGGAUGGAAUUGAUGUAUCCUUGGUUGAUGCUUUAUCUGUUGGCGCUACCCUUUCAGCCACGGAUCCAGUAACUAUUUUGUCUAUUUUCAAUUCCUACAAGGUCGACCCAAAGUUGUACACUAUCAUUUUCGGUGAAUCAUUGCUAAACGACGCUAUCUGUAUCGUGAUGUUUGAAACGUGCCAGAAGUUCCACGGUCAGGCAGUCAGCGUUAGCAGCGUGCUCAAAGGUAUUGGUCUCUUUCUUAUGACAUUCACUGUUUCAUUGUUGAUUGGGGUUGUCGUCGGUGUAUUUAUUGCCUUGGUCCUAAAACAUUCCCUCAUCAGAAGGUACCCUCAAAUCGAAACAUGUCUCGUGUUGCUUUUCGCAUACGAAUCCUAUUUCUUCUCCAAUGGUUGCCACAUGUCUGGAAUUGUGUCUCUUCUAUUCUGCGGUAUUACGAUGAAACAUUAUGCAUACUUCAACAUGUCCAGAAGGACUCAGAUUGCUACCAAGUACAUUUUCCAGUUGUUGGCCCAGCUGAGUGAAAAUUUCAUUUUCAUUUACUUAGGAUUGUCCCUGUUUACAGAAGUUGAACUAGUAUUCAGACCCAUGCUGAUUAUUGUGACCACAAUCUCUAUCUGCAUUUCCAGAUGGUGUGCCGUUUUCCCACUUUCACGACUGAUCAAUUGGACUACAAGAGCUAAACACAAAGGUGGUUCCUCAGCAAUCAAUUAUACCCAGGAUGAGAUCCCGCCAAAUUACCAAAUGAUGAUCUUUUGGGCCGGCUUGAGAGGUGCAGUCGGUGUCGCACUUGCUAUGGGAUUGCAAGGUGAAGCUAAGUCUUCUCUACUAGCCACUGUACUAGUGGUUGUGGUAUUGACCGUUAUUUUGUUUGGUGGGACAACUGCUGGUAUGUUGGAAACCCUGAAUAUUCGAGUUGGUGUUAUCGACGAACAGGAAAGUGAUGAUGAGUUUGAUAUAGAAGCUCCAAAACCAAUGCAGCUGAACCAAAUUAUCCCUGGGGCAACAACUCCUGUCUAUUCCAUAUAUUCUGAUGCAGCAGGUUCAAGGUCCCGAACAGGUUCUCAGCAGAGCUUUUACAACAAUGAGGAUGAGGAUGCGGCUGAUGCUCCACCAGAUAUGAACGAUGAUGAGAUGACCAGUGACUUGGAUGACAUCCCACCUAUGGCGAACCAGGCACAAUCCAGUAAAAUAAACCUCCAAAGCAUGAGUUUCAACAAUCUAUUGAGUAUGGACGACCAUGCCAAAUGGUUUACACACUUUGACGAACAAGUGUUAAAGCCAGUUUUGUUAGAUAAUCUAACUGAAAACAACAACAGCAAGGACAAAAUAGAGGACUAA